AUCACCUGAUAAAGAAGUAGCAAAGCAAAGUAGCUGACUGAUUUAUUUCGUGGUUCUGUGGUCUACUCACGGAGGCUCUGAGACGAUUCCUUUCAUUAUUUCUAUUCCUUAUCCUAUCCGUGGUCUACCUCUUUGUGUGUGAGUCUCUAUUAUCGACCCAAUAGAGUGAAGUGCGUCUUCCUGUACCCUCUCCCUUCCUACAACUUGUUGAUAAUUAACAAUGAACCAAGAUUGCGCUACAUGUUCCAAAUUAAUUGGCCCUUCUCAAGUGGAUAUCUUAUGCUCCAAGUGCCUGAAAAGUCACCACGCUAAUUGAGUUAACCUGACCACUAAAGAGAUCGGCUAUUUUGCCGAAAACGGUGACAACAAAUGGGUUUGUUCAGCAUGCUGUAGACGUGGUAGAGUUACUCGUAGCAACUCGUCGUCCUCAUCAACUAGUGCUCGACCAGCGGUCUCCCCUCAUCGGUCUGACGAAGCGACUGCUUCUGAUCCUCUAGCACUCAUUUUGUGUCAAUUGUCGACCAUGGCCAAUGACAUUAGAGACAUCAAAAACUCACAAGCACAACUAAGCAACGAUGUCUCCCAUUGUAUGUCAUUGCUACAACAGCAUUCGGCUUCUAUUGUUCGCCAUGACGAACUGAUCUCUAAUUGUGAGGCUAGUAUUCAGCAACUCCAAAGUGCGCAAGCAUCUAUCUUAUCCAACAUUUCGAACGUUGAAUCUAGACUGACCAAUGCACUGAAACAUAGGCAGUAUGAUCAUAAUUUAACGCAUUUUACAGAACUCCGAUUCUUAGUCAAUUUACCCCGGCUCCAGGGUAGAUGGACUAUAUGCCCGGGUUCCGGUUCAAAUACAGAAUUGAAUGUUUCUUCAAAUACAGAAGGUGAGUCACAUUCAGUCCUCAAAGAUCUUUUAGGAGAGGGUGUUGUGGUAGUAAUCUGGUCUGUAUUUACAGAUAAAUAUUGCGGUGUCAGAGCAAUUGGAACCUCUUGGACGAUAGACAACGUGUUAGAUGCAUUGGAAGUCGAUGGAACAGACACUGUGCUCAAAUCACAUGCUGAAGGAUUAUCACCAUCAGGGGAGCAUCGGCCUAUCUGUCACAUAAGAACCACUAAACUUGGAGUUAGGAAAAAUGUUUUCAAUCAAUGGUGA